CAAAUCGCCAUUUGACAGUUCAUUUGCAGCAAUCCCAAAAACACACCGACCAACAUCGGACCUUCCGGGAGAAAAUGGGUUCGCGAGGUAUUCUGCAAAUUUUCUCACCGAAAAGCUUUGGCCUCCUGAACGGCAGAUUCCCGGGCCGAUCUGCCCCGAUCGGAGUAGCCGUUCCCGGUGUUGCGACGGUGGGUGCGUGCCAUUGCAUCAUCACGAACCAAAGCCCGAUCAGCCGACACUUGUUCACACCGGCAAUCACCUCCACCACCGCCGCCGCCGCCGCCAGCAGUAGUGGCCCCAGCCGUCUCCAGCGACCGUCCCCCAGUUCCAGAUGCAGCACACUGCAAAGCACGCGGUCGUUCUACACUUCAAACAUUCUGCAUAAAAGCGACUAUUACAGCACGCUCGGUGUGACGAAAAACGCGUCGCCGAAGGAAAUCAAGAAGGCGUACUAUCAGCUGGCGAAAAAGUACCACCCCGACACAAACAAGGACGAUCCGAACGCGGGGAAGAAAUUUCAGGAAGUUUCCGAAGCGUACGAGGUUCUGAGCGAUGAAACAAAGCGCCGUGAGUACGACACGUAUGGGCAGACAUCCGAGCAGAUGGGCCGUGCGGGCGGUGGACCAGGGCCGGGUGCCGGGCCGCAAGGAUUCUCCCAGAACUGGCAGUUCCGUUCGACCAUCGAUCCGGAGGAGCUGUUCCGCAAGAUCUUCGGCGAUGGGGGCUUUCAGACGGGUUUUGACGAUUACAGCGACUCCAAGUUUGGGUUCGGCGGGGCUCAGGAGGUGAUGAUGAAUCUUACCUUUGCCCAGGCGGCCCGGGGCGUCAAUAAGGACAUCGACGUGAAUGUGGUCGAUACGUGUCCGAAGUGUACGGGAUCGCGGUGCGAACCGGGCACCAAGCCGGGCAAGUGUCAGUACUGCAAUGGCACUGGGAUGGAAACCAUUUCGACGGGGCCGUUUGUGAUGCGUUCGACGUGCCGCUACUGUCAGGGUACGCGGAUGUACAUCAAAUACCCGUGCCUGGAGUGUGGAGGCAAGGGCCAGACAGUGCAGCGAAAGCGCGUCACCGUACCGGUGCCGGCCGGUAUCGAGGAUGGACAGACGGUGCGGAUGAAUGUGGGCAGCAAGGAGAUUUUCAUUACGUUUAGAGUGGAAAAGAGUCGCUAUUUCCGUCGGGACGGUGCGGAUGUGCACACGGACGCGAAUAUUUCCCUCUCACAGGCAAUACUCGGUGGCACGAUACGCGUGCAGGGCGUGUACGAGGAUCAGACGAUACAAAUUACGCCCGGUACCUCGUCGCACACGCGAAUAACGCUCACCGGGAAGGGACUGAAGCGGGUGAAUAGUUACGGUAGCGGAAAUCAUUAUGUACAUUUGAAGAUUCAAAUUCCAACCAAACUUACACCGAAGCAAAAAGCCCUUAUACAGGCGUACGCUGAACUGGAGGACGAUACACCCGGACAGAUAAUGGGUGUAACGUUUAAAACCGACGGUGGAAAAGUGUGCUACGCGGAGCCACAGGAGCUGACGGACAUUGUGCGUGAGGCGCUGAAAGAUCGUAAGCCCCUUCCUACGUCGAGCGCUGAGGAACCGGCGGCCCCGCCAAAGACGAAAGAAGAGGAGGAAGCGGCCAAGACGCGUAGCAGCAAUUAGAGUAGCUUAAAGCGGUAACACACAGUUUAGGGAAAAAGAAAAACACAGCAAGCAAGUCCGUUAACUUCAGCUUCCUCUCUUUUGGAGCUAAAAUUAUCUGUUUUAAUGAUAAUUAUACAAAAAAGAAACACACAUAAUACAAAAAUCAGCGUAAAUGCCUAGAGAAA